AUGGCUUACAAACGCUCUCGAAACAUCUUCGAAGCUGAUCUCCAGAAGCAGACGUCACCUUAUGUUCUUUACGGUACUCCCCUGCCACCUUGGGACGGACACAUUCGAGAUGAUGGCUCGUUUGUACCGGUUUGGAAGCAAGAAGUCACGGACGAGAGAGGAAGAAAACGCUUACACGGCGCCUUCACCGGGGGCUUCAGCGCCGGAUAUUUUAACACAGUGGGCUCCAAGGAAGGAUGGACCCCUUCUUCGUUCGUCUCCUCAAGGCAGAAUCGAAGGAAAGAUAGCCAGAAAUCUGCUCAGCAGAGGCCUGAGGAUUUCAUGGAUGAGGAAGACUUGCGAGAAGCCGAGGAAUCGCGCACCUUGCAUAUGUCAAAUGAGCUCGCCGGAUUUGGCACAGACGAAGAUUUAAUACGCAAGAGUGCUGCCAUUGACAUCUUUCGACCACUCGAUGAAACGAUUGGCUCGAGAUUAUUGAAGAGAAUGGGAUGGAGAGAAGGUCAAGGCAUUGGACCCCGUGUCAAACGAGUCGCAAAUUUAGGCAACUACGAUGACGAGCUCGACGAAACUGAGGAAACUCACCUGUUUGCUCCCGAAGAUGUCCCAAUAGUCUCUUUUCCACGCAAAAUGGAUUGCAAAGGACUAGGGUACGAAAGCGAGCUGGAGUGCGGUACAGACACGACAAUGAAGGCUCAUAGGAGACAUGAAAAGCCUCUGGCGUCGACUGAGUCUUCUGAUGACGAUGACAUUGGACCUCGGCUUGCCACCACGCGGAAGCCACUGCGACGGGACAGGAAGACAGGUAUCGGUGUUGGCAUUCUCAAUGAUGAAGGGUCUGAUGACGAUGACCCCUAUUCCAUGGGUCCGAAGAUUUCGUACAACAAGGUCAUAGGAGGGGAUAAAAGAUCGAAGGCCAAGUCGAAGAAUCCUCUCAGUUCUACAAAUCCGCUACUCAAAAAUAAACCCACUUUUGUGUCCAAGAGGCUGGCAAACUUGAAGGGUGCGCUAAGGAAAUGUCGCGAUGGUCGGUUACCCCCCGACGGAUUUGUAUUGGCUGAUCAGUUGGAUUCUUUCGGCAUGAUGGCCAUACGAGACGACCAGUACAAACCUCUCGAAGUGCCAGCAGGAUGGAAAUCAUCUCUGUCCAAGGAAACGACAGCUGAACCUGCGUCCACUGUUGUCUCGAUGGCUGAAGCCGCUAAAUCCUCGAACCUAACUGCGAAAGCUCGUGCUUCUCUUUUGGGCGAGUCACAGCUUCCGGGGAAAUCGGUCUUCGAUUUCUUAACGCCUGCAGCUCGUGAUCGGCUCGCUGUUGCAUCUGGCCGUGAGAACCUCCCAGCGGCUAAGAGUGAACCACCUCCAGAAAGCUACGAGGCUUCGAAGUCCACACCAGAGUCUCUCCGAAGACUUGUCCCUUCAUUAGAUCGCGAUGUGGCGCUUCAUGCUCUCAACCGUGGAAUUGGUGGUUGGAUGCCCUAUGCAGAAGAUGAGAACAAGAGAUCCAGGUACCGCGCUUAUCUCGAGAUACAGGCGGGUUUGAGGCAGAAUGCAGGAGGCGAUGAUCUUCCUCCCCGUGCGGAUGGUAUGAGACAAGAGGAUUGGGUGCUGGAAAUGCAUGAGUUCGCACGAGCAGCCCAGGUCUUCCAACCAAUCAGCAGCUUGAUGGCCAGCCGCUUUACUUCGUCUUCAUCCUUGCCACAGAGUCAAAAUGGCGAGUCAAGCACGGCAUCUGCGGACUCGCUGCUGACCAGACCAAGUGCAAGGCCAGAAGAUCCUGCAGAGUCGGCUGCCAAAUUGGGCAUGUUUGGACCGAUGACACGAUCAGUGUCCAAUUUUUAUCCAUCCAGACUACUCUGUAAGAGAUUCAACGUCCCUGUGCCCAAUCCAUCCAAUUUUCCGGCUUCUGGGAUGGGAGGCGAUGUAACUUUGUCCGCCCAAGAGCAAAGCUCGGCAGCAACACCAUUCAGGUCUUUCAUGUCGGCAGGUCUUCAGCAUGAUGGCGCAGCUGAGACUAGUGACUCUAAGAGAGGCGGAGAUUGGAGCGAAAAGCCCAAGUCUGAAGAACCAGACACAGAGCGAGAUAUGUCGGUAGCCUCAGCGGUGAUGGACUCAGAGAGAAAUGAAGCUCUUGAGCAAGAGAGGCCCGGACAGGCUGUUUUCAAAGCGAUCUUUGGAAGCGAUGACGAAGAUGAAUAG